AUGCAUGGAAUGGAAGACCUUAUCGAAGAGUUGCAAUGGUAUCAACCAACAUUUUCUACUGAUGUUAGUGGAAAGCGAGUUCGAGUGUCAAAAUAUCCCAAAGGUUGUUUAUACGACAGGAACAUUAACUACUGCCCCAAAACUGCUGUAAGUUUUAGUUCGAAACAUAUCGACCACAAAAUCUCAGUAGCACUAGCUGAGACUGCAAGCGAAGAAAUAAUUUUCGCUCCUGCUGCAGAAGAGGAAUAUGAAGCCAUAAAGUCCUGGCUGCGCCAUCACGAUGAUGACUGGGAGGUAUUGAGACAGAAGUGGAGCGAGCUAACACCUUACAGAUUGAAUGAAAUCAAAACCCUUCCGGAUCGAACAAUUGACAAUAUUUUAUCGGAAUAUCCUGCUCUUCGUAAUCCUCAAGGUUAUUCUUUGAUUCAAUCAGAUUUUAAGUAUAAGUUUUCGGGAAAAGAAGAUUCGCUGUUUGAAUACUGGAAAAAGUUUCGUGAGCACAUAUUGCCAGCUUUUGAAGCGGAUAUCGCCAAUCCUGGAGGUAGAGCCCUCUUGAAACACUUACUUAAUGAUGAUAUUAACGAAGAUAGUCAAGAUUGCUUAACGUUUGUCUUGUUGGUGUAUAUACUACCCACUUCAAAAAUCUUUUUCAAAGACAAUAUUAGAUGGAAGCCUUCAUUUGCGGAAUCACGAGAAGCAUGUGUGAUGCAUGUUAAGUGCUUUCCGGAUAUUGAAACCAGAAUUGGCCGACUCAACAUACGUUACUCAGAAAAGAAACAGCCGAAGCGACCAUUCAUUGUAGUCGUGGGUCUUGAGAUCGUACGGAUAGAGGAAUAUCUGGUAUACUUUGGCGACGUAUAUUAUCGCUUUCAUAGCUUUCAGAAGGCGCUUGACAUGUUUUAAAAUAUUUAAAACCUACGAAUUGCGUUUCCCACGCGAAUGCUCUGGACCAUGGGAUCUUGUGAGCCACAUUCUUUAUGAAUUUGACCUUCUCAUCGACCACAAUAAAUUGAAAAUUUCUCGUAUUUCAAACUUGAUUCAUGCAGUACAAUGAUUACGUGCAUAGUAAUAAACUGCAACUGGAGAGCUGCCAGUUAUUGGUACAUUUAAAGAGAAUGCACAGUAAUCUUUCGUUUUAUCGAUGUAAUCAAAAUAACUGCAGUCGCAUCUUAUCAACAUACUCUUCUUUCUACCAUCAUUUAAAAAACAUUUUGUUCAGCACCCGGCGAUCGAUAGUAAUCGAGAAAUUGCACUAGAGAAAAACGAAAAUGUUCACAAUUAUGAGCUUGCAGUGAGAAUUCCUGUUACGAACAAAAGUGAAGUACACACUAACACGGAUGAAAAAACGGUCGUUUCAAUUCCUGAAAAUGCACAGAUGCAUGGGAUUGAAAAUGCUAUCGACGUAGACAAUUUAAUUCCAAAUAUAAUUGCAUUAAGUCUUGGUUUCACACUUAAAUGGAUAAGUAAGGAUUCAUUACCUAGGAAAAUAGUAUUUGAUAUACGAAAAGAUAUCGCAGCAUUAUUAAUUCAGCCGAUAAGACAAGCAGUUACCUCAUUAUCUGCAGUACAAGGUAUAUCAUACGAUUCUAAAAUUGCACUUAAAAAUAUGUUCGAUAUGUUCAAAGAACAAACAGAGUAUAAGUUUAUCCAACGUUUGAAAGAGAACCAGAUUUAUGAUGAUCCUGUGGUGUACACCAUAAACAAUCAGUUAAGACCAGAGUUUCGCGUGAAGUCCACGAAAUGGUAGAAGACCAGGUGCAGGGUGUGUUGCUGCCUAUCAAGUUCCAGUUAAAGAAAUAUUUGGAAUCACCUGGUAUGUUGGACUGCAUCAUCGAACAUCUUCAGCCAUCCAAUGACGGAAUUGUCAGAUCAUUAGUGGACGGAACUAUUUGGCAAUCAAGGAUAAGUACAUUCGUCGAUAGAGUAGUGAUUCCCAUUAACAUUUAUUUCGGUGACUUCAACACCAGCGACACUGUAUCCUGGCUGCAACAUCGAUUUGCGGAAUAUACUACAAUAUCCCAUGUUUACCUUCAUACUUUUUGUCUAAGUUAGAAAAUGUGUUAACAGCAGGUUAUGUAAGGUCUUGUGACAGGAAGCUUUUUGAAAACGAUAAAGUAUUCCAUCAUCUAGUAGAUGUUAUUAUCAAUUUAGAGAUAAAUGGAUUGAGCAUAGAUUGUAAUGGUACAGAUAAACGUGUUUAUUUUGCAUUAGGAUUCGUUCUUGGUGACAACUUAGGGAUGAACGGAAUUUCAGGUUUUGUCGAAUCGAAAUUUGUACAUUAUCUAUCAAAACCGCUACCGUUCUGCUGCAAUGCAUUUGUGCUUUCAGGAUCGU